UUUCAGGAAUUCCGUAAUAUACUACAGCUUCUGUUUCCAGUCCAGACAUCUACUAAACGCUAAGAUGGCUGCUCUCGCUAACGCCGCUGUGCUCCCCUCCACCUUCGUCGGCCAGAGCGCUGAGCUCGCCGCCAAGGUGAACAAUGUCGAGGCCCGCGUGACCAUGAGGAAGACCGCCAAGGCGGCUUCCAGCAGCCAGUUCUACGGCCCCGACCGCAGCCUUUUCCUGGGCCCGUACUCCUCCCCCCCGUCGUACCUGACUGGCGAGUACGCCGGUGACUACGGCUGGGACACGGCGGGUCUGUCCGCUGACCCCGAGACCUUCGCCAAGAACCGCGAGCUGGAGGUGAUUCACGCACGCUGGGCCCUUCUCGGUGCUCUGGGCUGCCUCACCCCCGAGCUGCUGGCCGGCAACGGCGUGAACUUCGGCGAGGCCGUGUGGUUCAAGGCCGGCGCUCAGAUCUUUUCCGAGGGCGGCCUCGACUACCUCGGCAACCCCAGCCUGAUCCACGCGCAGUCCAUCCUGGCCAUCUGGGCGUGCCAGGUCAUCCUCAUGGGUGCCGUUGAGAGCUACCGCGUGGGUGGCCUGGAGGGCUUCCAAGAGGUGGAGGACCCCCUGUACCCCGGCGGUGCCUUCGACCCCCUGGGUCUGGCUGACGACCCCGAUGCCCUUGCUGAGCUGAAGGUGAAGGAGCUGAAGAACGGCCGCCUCGCCAUGGUGUCGAUGUUCGGCUUCUUCGUCCAGGCCAUCGUCACCGGCAAGGGUCCCCUCGAGAACCUGUCGGACCACCUGGCUGACCCCACCGUCAACAACGCCUGGGCCUAUGCUACCAACUUCACCCCCGGUGCUUAAAUGUAUUGCCUUUCCCUGUAAAUUUAUUAGUAUACACUUAGGAUAAAUGAAUUCCAAUUCUCCAGCUCUAUUAUCCCCUAGGCUUACCCACUGUCCUGGCACGCGCGUGUAACGAAGCCUUGAUUGUGAAAGCUUGCUUAGGUCCUCUUGUAAAGGCAGCGUGCUUCAUUUCAUCUGGGA